AUGUCAACUCCGCGUGUCUUUCUUAUUCGCCACGGCGAGACAGAAUGGUCACUUGAUGGCCGUCAUACUGGCUUGACUGAUAUCCCACUCACUGCCAAUGGCGAGAAGCGUGUUAGAGCUACAGGAAAGGCUCUUGUUGGGCCGGAUCGUCUCAUUGCCCCCAAGAAGAUUGCUCACAUCUACGUUUCACCACGAAAACGCGCCCAGCGUACAUUUGAACUUCUCAACCUCGGGCUGAACCGCCCUCUUCCUUGGACACCUCACGGUGCUCCUAAUGGUACUGGCCUUCAAUGUGAAGCCGAGGUGGAGGUUACGGACUACAUCCGGGAAUGGGACUACGGUGACUAUGAAGGAAUCACAACACCUGAGAUUCGUAAGAUCAGAGCUGAACAAGGGAUCAAAGGGUCCUGGGACAUCUGGAAGGAUGGAUGCCCUGGCGGGGAGGCUCCCCACGAUGUGACCAGAAGACUUGACCAAUUGAUAGAGGAGAUUCGUGAGAAAUAUCACAAGCCAGCCAUGGACAAAGGAAGCGAUCAAUGCGGUGACGUGUUACUUGUUGCCCACGGACACAUCUUGCGUGCCUUUGCUAUGAGAUGGGCUGGCUACGCUUUACGAGAAGGACCAACUUUCUUAUUGGAGGCAGGUGGUGUUGGAACACUCAGCUACGAGCAUCAUAGAAUCGAAGAGCCGGCCCUUCUCCUCGGUGGCGCUUUUGUCGUUGAACUUGACGGCCAAGAUUAG